CCGGUAGUGCUGGAGGGAAUGGAGCUGGGCGCUUGCACAACCAAGUGGACGGUCGGUUACCUGAGCCAAGCCGAAGGAUCCAAAGAAGUCAAGAUUCACGUGUCGGCGGUGCCACAGAUGGAUUUCCUCAGUAAGAACUUUGUGUAUAGAACUCUGCCUUUUGAUGUAUUUGUACGAAGAGCAGCUGAAGUCAAACACAAGGAGUACUUUCUUUCUGAGGAUGAAAAGUACUAUUUGCGGUCAGUGGGUGAAGAUGCUAGGAAGGAUAUUGCAGAUAUUAGAAAGCAGUUUCCUAUUUUGGCAGAAGAUGUUCAGAUUCCAGAGUAUUUUGAGAAGGAACAGUUUUUCUCUAGUGUCUUCCGCAUCAGCUCAGCUGGAUUACAGUUAUGGACACAUUAUGAUGUGAUGGAUAACUUCUUAAUCCAAGUAACAGGGAAAAAAAGAGUUGUUUUGUACAGUCCUCGAGAUGCACCAUAUUUAUAUUUAUCAGGUACUAAAUCAGAGGUGCUGGAUGUGGACAACCCAGACUUAGAGAAAUAUCCCCUUUUUGUGAAAGCCAAGCGCUAUCAGUGUUUGCUGGAAGCAGGAGAUGUGUUAUUUAUUCCAGCUUUGUGGUUCCACAAUGUAAUUUCUGAGGAAUUUGGAGUGGCACUGAAUGUCUUUUGGAAGCACCUUACUGCUGUGAGUGACACUUACGGAAAUAAAGAUCCCACAGCAGCCUCUAGAGCUAUACAGAUCUUGGACAGGGCCUUGAAAACACUUGAAGAACUACCUGAGGAAUAUAGGGAUUUUUAUGCUCGUAGAAUGGUGUUACGCAUCCAAGAAAAAGCCUAUAGGAAUGAUUAUGAAUAA